AUGCCUGGCCAGGAAACGUCUUACAUGGCAUCUGGGGGUUACGGCUUUUGGACAUUGCCCACUUUCGUCCCUCUUUCCAAGGUCAAUCUCGUUAAGUGGCAGGCCACGUUCGAACCUUGCGUACCGGAGGAUGCGGAGUCAGACGAAGAUGACGUGGCAAGCGGGGAUUGGCUGGAUACCGAGACGGGAAGGUUACGCGUGCUUGCAUGCAUGCAGACGAUAUACUCUCGGAUCACGAUUCUAGAGUUCGCGGAAAUACAGCCGGGAAAAGCGGCGGAGGAGAGGGAGCAGCAGGAGAAAGGGGGUGUGGGAGGGAGCAACGACGCCAACGACCCUUCUUUAGUGCUGGCCGGAUCGCGGGUCAUGCUAUUGGACGACUCGAGCAACGUGUCGAGCCUUUACAACAAGCGAACCAUCUGGACGCGGUCCUACUGGGACAACCUGGCGUCGCUGGCCCCGUUAUUGUCACACGAGCUUGGCUCUGGCGAAAACGCGCGCCUGCCCGGGCCAGUGGCGCUGCUGGGGCUGGCAGGGGGCUCCGUGGCUCGCAUUAUACGAACACAGUGGCCGGAGGUUGGCGUGCAGGCAUGGGAAAUCGACCUAGUGGUGGUGGAUAUGGCUCGUCGUUUCUUCUCCCUCGCCUCAUUGGAGAAACCCUCGCCUCAGGGGGGCUACCUGCAUGUGACUGUAGGCGAUGCUCUUGUAGCAGCUCCUGUCCCUGUACAAGGCACCAGUUCCUCCACGGAAAAUGUUACUGUAGAUGGUGCUACAGGAAACACUGUAGAUGAUGCUACAGCAGGCAGUGCUACAGCUGGGCAGCAGCGGUUCAGUGGCAUCAUUGUGGAUCUCUUCUCAGGUGGCGCUGCCCUCCUUCAAUUAGCAGACGAAGCCACCUGGCGGCACCUGAAGAACCACCUGAGCCCUGGAGGCCGGGUGCUGAUCAACUGUGGAGGGCCUAGCGGCAGCUUCGGCGAAUACCUGGAGAGCUUCGCGCAAAGCCAGUCUGCCAAACCAGAAGCAAAGGAGGGGGAUCGAGCGGCAGCCAUAGCAGCAGCAGCCAGGAGUGAUCCUGGUGUGAGGCGAUGUGCCGAGGUGAUUGAGGCUAUGAGGAAAGUUUUCGACGGGCAGGUGCUGCUUUACUGCACCAGUGGGUCUGAUCGAAACAUUUUUGCACUGACUGGUCCGCCCCCUGACUAUGUUGUCUGGGAGGAGAAGCUGCCCGAGCAGAUCAAGGGAGCAGCUAGAGGCUGGAGCUCAAAUGAAGAUGUGUACAGUUUAUUAGCAUCAAAACUAGUGUAG